UCUCUUUGCUUUUCCAACAAUGUUCCCCCCAUAUCAAAAGAGAGAACAAGAGUACAGCUGAUAGCCAAGCUGCACCCCCCAAGGCAUCCUCUUCCCUUCAUUCCCAAGCAACGGCUUCCAUAACAAACCAUCCUCCAUCUAUCCUCCUCAACCAGCCCUCUUCGAAAUGGCUCUCAGCAACACCAUCAUUGCUGCCAUAAACUUUGUCGCUAUGCUGCUUUCCAUCCCGAUCAUUGCAGCCGGCAUCUGGCUCUCCAUGCAAACCGAUAACUCCUGCGUCGGACUCCUCCAAUGGCCGGUCAUCGUGCUGGGCGUCGUUAUUCUUGUUGUGGCCUUCGCAGGCUUCGUGGGUGCCUUCUGGCGCAUCCCGUGGCUCCUCCUCUUCUACCUCGUCGCCAUGUUCGUCCUCAUUCUUCUGGUCGCGAGCUUGGUGGUAUUUAUCUACACUGUUACCAACCCUGGGGGAGCCCACCCUGCCCCAAGCAGGGCCUACUUGGAGUAUCGUCUCGAGGACUACUCAGGAUGGCUUCGACGAAGAGUUGAGAGCUCACACAAGUGGGAUCGGAUCAAGAAGUGUCUUGGCUCCACUUCUACGUGUGCUGAAUUGAACCAAACUUAUAGAGAGGCCCAGGAUUUCUUCAAUGCAAGGAUCAAUCCCCUGGAG